GACGGUCGUGCCAAGCGAGUAACUGGGGUUAGUCAUUUUACAAUCUGAGUAUGUCACAUCGAGUUGAAGGGCUACGGCAAACAUACGAAGGGUAAUCAAGAACAUACAAAGGCGAUCUCUGGAUUAAAGCAUAACGUUUCAAAACUACUCAACUAAACGGAAACAAGCGCAAUGAGUUCAAACGAGCACUCGCUUCAAGCUUUAUCGUGGAGACAACUUUACUUGAGUCGAGCAAAACUUAAAGCCACCAGCAGAACCUCUGCUCUGCUCUCCGGCUUUGCUAUGGUGGCGAUGGUGGAGGUCCAGCUGGAGGAUGAUCAUGAAUACCCUCCUGGCUUAUUGAUUGCUUUCAGUGCCUGCACAACAGUGCUAGUGGCCGUCCAUCUCUUUGCCUUGAUGAUCAGCACAUGUAUCCUGCCCAACCUGGAGGCCGUGAGCAACGUCCACAACCUCAACUCCAUAAAGGAAUCGCCACACGAGCGCAUGCACCGCCACAUCGAGCUGGCCUGGGCCUUCUCCACCGUCAUAGGCACCCUCCUCUUUCUUGCCGAGGUGGUUCUGCUGUGCUGGGUGAAGUUCCUCCCUCUGAAGAGUAAAGUUAAAUAUCCCCCGACAGAGAAUGUAACUGUAUCUCGAGUAAGCCCAGGAGAAGCUGCAGCGAUCACCUCUACCGUCAUCAUGGUGCCCUUUGCCUUGGUGUUCAUUGUUUUCGCCGUGCAUUUUUACCGUUCGCUGGUCAGCCACAAAACGGAGCGGCAGCAUCAGGAGUUGGAGGUUCUGGCCAAAAUCACACAGAUGCAAAACCAACUGGAUCACAGGGGAGACAUGUCCAACCUGUCCUCUUCAGCACAUUUGGCGUAGUUGAUGCACUUAGAUGAGCCCUUGAUCUCGUACCAAACAAAAUAUGGACUGUUGUCAUUAUUAGACACUAUAUGAUGGGAAUCAGGGCUUCUGCAAUAUGGUAGUAUCACAGUAUUGUGAUGUUUUUCACGUUUGAUUUUUUUAGUGUACAUACAAACAUUUAUAUAGAUGGGAAAUCUGAAAUUUUAACUGCUAUUCAAAUCUUCUGUUUGCGCACAAAUAAGAGAUAAAAAAUGCAGUUUAAAAAUAGUUUUUCUUACAGUUACAGGAUGGUUUAAAUUUGGCAUGCAUCGGAAGUCGCGAUAGCCUUUUCUUCCCUAUUGUGACGUAUAUAUAUAUAUGAGUCAAACGGUUUUUCGUACAAGAAAAAAUGUAGGGUGAGACUUGAUUUUGUUUAACGGGAAUUUCUUACAUCGUCAGAAAAGAGAUGAGUUGUGUUUCAAGAGGGAGGGGAAGAUAUUUUAACUUGAGGCACUUGAGGGCACAUUAAUUUUAGAUCAUCUUUUAUAAUAAAUAGUGCAUAAUCGCAUUAAAAUAAGAACUGUUAUUGAAUAAGAACAUUAAUUUAAAGGAAAAUAUUACGUAAUACGAUGAUUGGCCUCACUGAAUUUAUUCAAAUUUAGGAUAAAAUAACUUUAAAAAUAAAAUAUAAUGUUUUGAUUCCCUCAUUUCCUUGCUUUGCUCAAUGUUUCACUUUGUUUUAGUGACUUUGGAUGCUUACAGCUUAGAAAAUGUAUCAAAAGCAAAAUAAUAAAGAUUAUUUUUUAAUAAUAAAGCUUAGAAAAUAUAUCAAAAGCAAAAUUAUAAAGAUUUAGGCCUUAAAAAAAACAAAACAAAACAAAACAAUCUGAUUGGGUAGUUGAUUGAAUAGGGCAGAGCAGUUUAUUGUUUCAGUUCAGUAUUUCCAUAUACUGAUAGGCCAAAUUAUUACACCCAAAUGCAUAGAAAGUGUUAUGAUAAUCAGUUCAUUUUCUUUUUUGUUCAGUUUAACUG